AUGCGCGCGUUUCUCCUGUUCGCCGUGCUGAUCGGAGGUUCACUGGCCUGCCAGAACCGCUUGGAGACCCUAGUUCAAGAGGCCAGCGGUGGAGCACCUGAUCUGUCUACCGACGUACGAGACGAGUGCAACGCGCGGGUGGGCACGUUCAACUCCGUGCAUGCGCCCCAGUACAAGAAAGUGAUCAACAAGGCUCUGAAACUGGCUCUGCAGUACAUGUCGAUCUCCAGCCACUUCGGCCGGGACACCAACCACCGACUGGGCUUCCAAAAGCUCUUCAAGAGUGCCUCGGACGAGCGCUUCGAACAGGCCGUGUCGAUGAUCAACUGCCGACGACUGGCCUGUACAACCCGCUGCCGCUGCCCUCCCUCGGCCUGGCCCUGA